AUGUCGGACACAAAGGACCCCACCACGGUCGUCGACGACACCUCAAGCAACCCUGACAGCAAAUCACCCAACAGCAGCUCAGAACAGGCCCCUAUCACUCCUUCACAGCCUCGUAAGGGCAACGCCACCUCAGCCUUGCUUGAAAUUAUCGGUCUUCGUGAUCCCAAGCCCGACGCACGUCCAGUAUGGGACGGCAAGAGCCCCACCUGGUACCGAUCCACUUUCUUCAACAUCACCGUGCUCGGAGGAUGCUCCUUCCUCGCACCAGGUCUGUGGGCUGCAACCGCAUCAUUGGGAGCAGGAGGCUCACAAGAUCCAUCUACUGUCAACGCCGCCAACUCCCUCACUUUCGCCCUCAUGGUCAUCACCAGUUUUUUCACCUCAUCACUCAUCAACCACACCUCGGCCAAGUUUGCACUCAUCUUCGGCACCAUCGGGUACGCUCCCUACGCAGCCGGACUCUACCUCAACAGCGUAAAUCAGUCGCAAUGGCUCGUGGUCUUCGGAGCGGCAUGCUGUGGGGCUUCAGCCGGUGUAUUUUGGUCUGUUGAAGGCAGCAUCGCACUCGGAUAUCCUGAACGAUUGAAGCAAGCACGCUACAUCUCGUACUGGUUGAUGUUCCGAGUUCUCGGACAACUUUUGGGUGGAAUCAUUAACCUCGCUCUUAACGUAAACGAUGAUCAGAAGGGCUCCAUCUCUACCAACACGUAUCUUGUUUUCGUUGUGUUGCAAUGCUUGGGUCCUUUCUGCGCAAUGCUUUUAUCGCCACCGCACAAGGUUCAGCGUACGGACAAGACCCCGGUGUAUCUGCAUAUCGAAUCUUCCACCAGGAAGGAGAUCAAGUUGAUGUGGAAGGCGAUUUGCAAGCCACAGGUGUUGUUGUUGUUGCCGGUGAUCUGGCAGUCAACCUGGUCUGAGGCGCUUAUUGGGACGUAUGCGGUGAACUACUUUACCGUUAGGUCAAGAGCUCUUGGUUCGCUGCUUUCAGCCGUGCUGGCCAGUUUGAGCAACUACGCUCUCGGAUUCUUCUUGGACUGGAAGAAGCCCACAGUCAACAGCAGAGCCAAAACUUCAUUUAUUGCAAUAUACACCUUGCAGGCAGCUUGGUGGGCUUGGGCUAUCUACAUUAUGCACAAGUAUCACACCACUUCCCCUAAACCCUCCUUUGAUUGGACUACAUCGGGCUGGGGAUCAGGCUUCUUUCUAUACCUAGCAUUGCAGGUGGGUUUCAAUAUGAUGUACGAACUCAACUACUGGAUUAUCGGAAACAUUAGCGAAGAUCCAGCAGAGAUCAUCAGGCUAGCAUCGAUCGUUAGAGGAGUGGAAAGUGCUGGACAGUGUGUAAGUUAUGGUGUCAACUCGACAAGUUGGAGAUUGGAUGCUGCUGCAGGGUUGAAUGCUGCUCAGUGGGCCAUUAGUGUUUUCCCCGCUUGGUUGGUUGUGAGGAAGAUCGGAGUGUUGGGUGAUGGAACCAAAAUUCAUGAGAAUAGGACUUAUGCCGGUGAGGAGGAGAGGAAGAAGCUCAAGCAGUCGGGAUUGGAGACUGCCGAGUACGAUAGGAAGGGGGAUCUUUAG